AUGCUUCCUGAGGAUAAUAAUAUAAUAUUAUCGGAACAGGACUCUUUAAAAAGAAAUGACAUUCCACAAGAUGAUGAUUUCGACAAAAAUAAAGCCCUCUAUUCUAAUGACGAGGACUUUCAAGAAGAGGACUCUGACUACACUUACAAUCCAACUCUGGAGAUGGUCAAGUCUGUACUACCAUCUAUAAACAGACAGUUAUCUCAAAAGUUGCCAAAAGAUAUUAAAGCAACUGACAAAAUACUUUCAAAAAUAUCUUACUGCGUAUCAGCUACCCUUAGACCGUUGGACUAUUCUCUUAAGACUCUAUACGAUACUAAGCCCGCAGAAAAUAAAAAAGAAGCCCUUGAAGUCUGGACAAUAUUGGAACAAUCUAUGCUGACAGCUAGGUCUUUGCUGUUGGACUCUCUCUCUCAUACCACAAUGAAAUCUCUAAAUUCUUUAAUGAUGCUGCAUGGCAAAAGAAAAGGUCAGAAUCGUUUGAUAAAAGAAACAACUACAAAACAAACAAAAACUUCAAUUCAAACAAAUAUAGAGGCAGAGGUAGAGGAUUCCAUAGGGAAUUUGGAACCUCAAACUAUAGGCAGAAUUUUUGGCUCAAUCUCCCACAAGGGGGUCAGUCUUAGCACCGAGUACAAAUGUAAGGUUGGGUAG